GUGUACCCGUUCUUCAGAGGAGGCAGCCUGCACGGGCGGCUGUUCUCCAAGGCCGUCGGUGGGAAGGAUGCAAAAGCGCCCGAGGCAGGCCAAAUUGUCGAGGAUCCAUCCCCUCCGCUGACGCUUCUGGAGCGCAUGAGCACAGCCUUCCAGGGGGCUCUCCAAUGUGGUCAUGUCCAAGGGGCUCUGCUACCUUCACGACGCUGCCAGGCCACCGAUUAUCCAUCGGGACAUCAAGAGCAGCAACAUAUUGCUCGGCAAGGGAUCUGGCGAGAAGCUUCACGUCGUCGUUGCGGAUUUCGGAUUAGCAGCCAUCGGCGAGAGGGUACUAGGCACAGGACAUGACCACAUUGUGAUGACCUCUCACAUCGGCGGCACUUUCGGGUAUAUGUCACCCGAGUACAUGCUGAGAGGAGAGCUGUCCGAAAAGAACGACGUGUACUCUUAUGGGGUACUCGUUCUGGAGUUGUUGACGGGCAGGAAGGUGGUCGCGCCGGCUCCUUCCGGGCUGGGAUGGCAGACGCUUGUCGAGUGGGUGAAGCCUUUCCUUCGAGGGGCAGUCGUCCAGAGCGGGAGCAUGGAGAUGCCAUACCCGAUACUCGAUCGGUGCUUGUGGGAUCAGGUGGCUGGAGAUUCGAUCAAGAAGAUGGUGAUGAACACAUUCGGACUGGCUUGGGAAUACGUCCAAGAGGAGUAUGGGUCCAGACCAGCCAUGAGAGAAAUUCUUCAGCGCAUUCACAAUAUGUUCCUGGAAGUGGGUUGGGAUGGCCUGACAGUGAUGAUGGGGGACCUAGAAAACGAUGUGGAUGAUGGUGCAGAACCGCCGCACGACGUCUCAGGGGAAAAUGACUGCACGUUUAGAGCGGCCUCGAUUUCUACACGGCGUGCGGGGCCAAUACGGGGCGAUGGAAUUCCACGGUACCACAAUGAGUUGGUGAUAUGGGAGGAGAAGACGGAAGGGAGGGAAAUUAGUACUGACGACAACAAAGCCGGGAGAUAUGAAGUAUUGCAUGUUGUACGUAGUCGGGCGAUUGGGGCACCUUGGAUCGUUGGUUACAGCACAGUGAAACUCCCUGGAGAACAAUCGGUUCUCGGUUAGGCUGGGAAAUUAAUGACGUCUCUACCUAAGAUAUUUUCUUACCCAAGGUUCGAAAUACUCUGAGUCCCUCGAAUAUGUCAUCUUGUCAUUGUGAUACAGCCGUAUUACAGCGGAAUUCUCUUGUGCGCGUUUAACUGGCUGGGGAAUUCCCGGGCGUGGCGCUCAGAAAUUUCGUGCCUACCCUGAUGUUGUUGGUCGUGAAUCACUGCGUCUAGAUACGUGUAGGCCGCGUUAUUUGGACCGCGCUUACACGUGUCCACACAGGAUGAUCGACCAGAUACGGAUGCAAAAUUUCCACGUAGUUCAUCCAAUCAUUCAGUAACCCCGCAAUCGUUAGUCAUUCCAUACGCAUACAUCAAACAUCACAAUCAAUGUCAACUACCUUA